UAACAAUAAGCAGAAUCCGUGGGAAAAAGAAACGCGCCCGACGGAAAACUGAGAAACGGAACAAAGAAGGCGAAUCGUCAGGCGACUUAUCCGGUCAGACGGCGUUUAGGAAAUUACAAUUUAUCGCUCCAAGCUCAAGGUUGUCGCAUAUCGUUCGCUAGCAGUGCGACAUACGGCAGAACCGUUGAAGCACAUCGUCGCCAUAUUCAAACGUGAAUCCUCGACGCAGUUGCGGUGCAAUAGUGUCGAAAGAUCGUUUGAUCGUAUCGGUUCUAACGGCGGCCCACGCCUGUCGAGGCACAAAUGAAGGGAAAGACGAAAUCCUGCUUGAUGCUGUCAUUGUUGACAGUGUUGGCUAUUAAUCAACUAGAAGCGAAGAUUCUGACAGAGUGCGAAGCUGUGCAGGAGCUGGAACGGGCAAAGAUUCCUAGGAGCCUGAUCAGUAAUUGGGUCUGUCUGAUGCAAAGCGAGAGCAAAUUAGAUACGAGUCUAAUCACCGGCCCGAAGACAGCAUCCAGCUACAAUUUCGGAGUUUUCCAAAUCAGCAGCCUGAAAUGGUGCUCCAGAGGACACACCGGAGGUAUCUGUAACAAACGCUGCGAGGAUUUCGCGAACGAUGACAUCCAGGAUGACAUUACUUGCGCCCUGAAGAUCCAGCAGACGGACGGAUUCAAGGCUUGGGAUGGUUGGAUGAAGAAGUGUAAGAACAAACCGUUACCGAACAUCGGAAAAUGUCUGAAGCUGUAAACAAUCAUUCGUGGAAGAAUUUCAGAAGGAUAAGGAUGAUCGUUACAUCAUUGCUGGGCGGUUACUGAACUUUUUGGUGAUGGUUUUGUUAUGAUUACAUGUAUAUUUUGUAUAUUUUUUAUGGCUGCACGUUAUUAUUGAUCAAUGAAGUUGUUCAUUAACUGAUACAAUGAAAUGUCAUAAUGACUCUAGUUGGAUUAUAAUGAGCGAGUUAAAGGUCGCGUAUACCAUGUGUGUGUAUAUAAUCUAAUAGAUAGUUCAGUGAUAACUAUUUGAUAAGCUUUUAUACAUCUAUUUUUUUAUGUAUAUACAGAUGAAAUAUACGUCCGUUCUAAUCCGUGAA